AUGACUACAAACAAAUCAUUAUGUGUACUGGUGCUGACCUCACUGCCAGUCGUUCGUAGUGGAGGCCAUCCAUCGCCAUCAGCGGCUUCGUCAGCCGCUCGAUCUCAGCCAAGCUCUCGCAAGCCCGUCCUUUCAGGUCAAAUUUCAGAGACAAAUUCAAUUUCUAGCUCGAUCAACCCUUUCGGGACGCCCACCUCACUCACUCCGACUCACUCCGAAGCUGUUGCAUCGCACGGCGUCGAACCUCAUACGAGUCCUUCUCGUGCAUCAUCUUCUUUCUUACCACGGUUUGGAACGAGCUCUCAGCGUUCUCGUACACCUGACACUGAUGGUGAUAGUAUUGGCAAUCGACGUGGUCUUAAGCAAAUGACACCAGUCUCACCUCGUCCCCUCAAGUUCAACAAAACUAAAUCUCCUGAGGCACCGACCCCCUUGAUCAACCGAUUAAUCAGUUCUCCACUUUGUUCAACAAACAAAAAACGUCCUUCUACUAGUUCCUGUCUACAACAGCAACAGCAACCACUACCACUUCAUCUCAAUCAGCAAAAAUGCCACUGA